ACUCGACAAAAAGUCACAGAGUGAGACCUCUUCUUCCUCUCUGGUUGGUGGGUUGAAGGCUGAGUUAAACACGCUGCUCCACAUGUGAUACUAUUUUAUACUGUAAUGCACUGAAUUAAAACAGUGUAGUAUGGGGAAGAAUAAGAAGAACAAAACGAACGAGUCGGGAAAACGAGCAGGCAAAGCCGGACAACAGCCAAGGAAGCUUAAAGGAGAUGGUAAACCAAAGAAAGCUAAAGAAGAGGACCACCUCGAACACAUCCCCUUCAGGCUCCGAGAGAUAAUGAAGAGCAAGCACAGAAUGAAAAAGGGAUCACUGAACUCCAAGAAGCUAAAAGCAGCCAUUUCGCCGAACAGCAAGGCAGAGGAUUCCCAGGAUGGAGACAUCCCUGUCCCACAUUUCAAGAGAGGAAAGCAGGAAGGUGUGAAAGCAUACCUGAGGCGCAUGGACAAUGAGACGAAACACGUCCUCUUCCUCACCAAGAACCAAGUAGACAGAAAGCCUGAGCUGGAUGCAGACAAACAAGAGAAACCUGCCGGCAAGGGAAAGUCUGACAAAAAGAAGGAGCAUGAUAAAGUGAGAUUACAGAAGCUUCAUCAGAAGAAGUUGGACAGACAAGAGACCAAAAUGGAAAAAGAGAUGUUUAUAGAUACUGUUGCCUUUGGUGAAGUUUCAAUGGCUCCACCAUCGUUGAGUGUCAAACCCAAGAAAGCUCAGCUCAAACCUCAGAAAGCAGCAAAGGAGCUGCUUCUCAACUCUCUGCUGGGCCACACUGCAGCCUCCACAACCAAGCCCUCCAUGGCCAGACAAAGAAUCAUGGAGGAGGAGCGGGUGCGAGCAGUGGAGGCCUACCGUCUGCUUAAGAAACAGAAACAGCAGCAGCAUGAGGCCAGGACUGCUAAUCUGGAAAAACUCAAGAACCUGCAGUGACAUUUAAAGCCACUAAACUGAGGAUUUCUAAUGAACCCAGCUGCAGUCGUUGUCAAUGACUACAAAGCGGUGAUGUGCACAGACUGACAUGAUAUCCAUCAACAGUGUGUGUUGUGUUAUUUUGGAAGUGAUGUUCACGUGGGGAGCUUCCACAAUUAUGUGAACAAUCAGGGAAAGACACAAACAUUUGUAUUCGCAAAUCAGCAAAAAGGUGGGUAGUAAAUAACAGUCCCCUGCCACUUUCAUGUUCAUAAGACACAGGACAUUUUAAUGUUUAGUUGCAUUUAAAGUGCCUUCGGAAACAACAACCUGAUCACCCAUAACUGCUGGAAAAUGCAUGUGGACAGGUAUCUUUUGAUGAUUUCUCACUCUGCAACUGUGUUGGAUGUUCGGUGACAAGUGUGCAUUUGUAUUUACGCUGUUUUUAUGUUUAAAUUUUUAGGCAGCCACUCUGGCAUCAUCUGUGAUGUGAUAGACAUUAAAAUUAUUAAGAUUAAUGUUGAGAAAAAGCUAGACUCAUCUGUGCUCCCACUAGAUGGCAGUCUUCCUGUAGAAAGUUGUUUUUCUAAGUAGUGUGGAGCUGACAGAACAUACCCAGUGUAAAAUAUAUUAUUAGUGACACAUUGUGCCAUAUCACACAUGAAACUCUAUUGGUGAUAUAUGUUCUUUGUUUUUACCGUAUGUCAGUCUUAUUUUUCUAUCAAAAAGACAAUUCACAACAUAUAUAAAGAAAUUAAGAAAAAAAAUCACCAUAAAGAUUAUUUAUUAGAUGUCGUUCAUUAUGUCAAAUGGUUCUCAUCAGAGCACAGUUUCCUCGCUGUCAAAUUCCCAUUUUUCCAGGUUUUUUCUUUUAAUUAAUAUGGACUUCUUAUCCAUAUUACCUCAAAAACUAAAGUUGAAAAGGUCAUUCUUGACUGGGGAAACAGCUGAUAAGAAUACAAAUCUCACCACCAGGCCUGUUCAGUAGCUUAUACAGAGUUUUCUGCCAUAUGGCAUGUUCAUCUUCCAACCGUGUUUUCCUGGCUGUUGUUUCUAAAUUUCCCAAAUUCACUUUUAACCCCAGCAAAGAGAAUAAACAUCUGAUAUUCUGGCAAAAAAAAUGUUAGGAUCUUAUUUCCUUUUGCACCUCAUGGAGAGCCUCAGUCUUGGGAUAAAUAAAUCACAUUAGCCUUUUUAAAUGCGGAACACUUAUUAGAGCCUGGCACAGCUAUUUACUUUUGCAAUCCCUGAAAGGUUUACCCUCAUGAACAAGGCCUUUGUUCAGUAUUGGUCUCUGAGACAAACUGUAUAAAUUUAGAUGUGCUGUUUGACAACUUAAUCAUUCAAAGAAGCCUGCAUCUGAAAACAAACAUUAUGUUGUUAAUGUUUCUGCAAUUGGUGAUCAACUGAACAAUAUCACCAGAUGGUAUGACCUUGUAAUAAUGGUCUGGUCUGUGAGUUCAGUCAUUUCUAUUUAAUCAACUUGACUGGUAGAACCCUCAGUUGUUUUUCCAUUUGUGUUUGGCCUCUGAGCGUUGUCACAGUGACAAGGAAAUGUAUUAAGGGGGAACAGCUGCUGAUGAUUGGGAGUGCUGACUCCCUUGAGCUAAGCACCUUCCCCAUUGGUCAUGUAACCACCUGUCUGCAAGACAGCUAUUCAGAUUGGGGGGGGGUGCUGUUUUUGACUUCAUCUCACAUAAUAGACCAGGACUUUUUGUUACACUCAAAAUGUCCCUUCAGCAGAGCAACACUAUCCCAGUUACCCACAAUGGGAUGAGUAAUACCCAGCCGAAACUCCUCUGGACAGCCUGUAAUGUUUUCUGCCGGUUUGAAGCUAAUUGGGUCAGUGAUUAUAAGUAAAGAAGCAGAACUGAUUGGAAAUGCAAAGACCCAAUGAUUGUCUGUCUUUAAAUAAUGAGUUCUCAUUUGUUUAAAUUUGGAUACAGUUUUCACUUAUGUUUACCAUCAGGAUGUUUACAAGUUCCUCUGCUUAUCUGCAUGUUUUCUGCAAAGGGUUCAAUACACGAGACAUGACAAAAUACAACCUCAACAUUU